AGGAACGGCGCGGUGCAUUGUGGGGCGGGGCUGCGCGGCGCGGUUGUUUCUCAGGGCACCGCCUGUGUUGUGCGGGAGGCUCGGGAUGGCGGAGAGACCGGAGGAUCUCAACCUGCCCAACGCCGUCAUCACCCGCAUCAUCAAAGAGGCGCUGCCUGAUGGGGUGAACAUAUCCAAAGAAGCUCGGAGCGCAAUAUCUCGAGCAGCAAGUGUGUUUGUGCUGUAUGCAACAUCAUGUGCAAAUAACUUUGCCAUGAAGGGGAAGAGGAAAACGCUGAAUGCUGGUGAUGUUCUCUCUGCCAUGGAGGAAAUGGAGUUUCAGCGAUUUAUAGCCCCUUUGAAAGAGUCCCUGGAAGUUUACAGACGUGAACAGAAGGGAAAGAAAGAAGCGAGGAAAGAUAAAGACAAGAAGGCAGACUCAGAGGAACAAGAUAAGAGCCGAGAAGAUGAUAAUGAUGAUGAUGAUGAAAGGAUGGAGGAAGAAGAGCAAAAUGAUGAGGAAGAGGUGGACAACUGAGCUUGCCAAUGGGACAUACGGGGUUGGGUUUUUGUUACUAGGGAUACAAAUGUUGUAAAGAAAUCUUGCUGUGUCCCCUCUGGUUUCCAGUAGAGCUCUUUACUGCUCUUCUGGAAUCUCUCUUUGGCUUUAGCAUGUACAUAAAGGACUUGGCUAAAGCGUUUCUCAUGGGUGCCUCACCUCCUCCCUGCACGCAGGGGACUUGGCAGCUUCCCCAGGUGCUGAACAGACAGUAAUGGGUCUGGUAUUUUUAUGCUGGAUUGACUCUGAAGCAAACGGAAAGAAAUGUCAGAUGGCUCAGUACAGAAAAGACCUGGAGAACCUGAAAAAACUUUUGAAUAAGCUCAUUAAUCCAAGCGAAGAUCUGAAUCCUGGUUCAUUAACCCUUUGGGGUUUAGAGUCUACGUGAUGAUGUUAAGAGCCUUAGAAGCUGACUGUUUAAGCUUUUUAUCCAAGUGGUGUUUUUUCCUUCAUUUUCUUGCAUUCUGGCUGUGCCUUCUCUUUCCUGCUCUUUCACAGUGAUACUGCCAGCCUCACCAGCUGCAUGCAGCACACCUGUACAAGGGCCAGUGGUCCCCUGAACUGAAUUCCUCCCCUAAAUGAACCAGAAUUAAAAAAAAAAAAAGACUUCAUAGCACUUACAAAGUAAACUAAUUACCAGAA